UAUAAAUCCAGCGUUCCAAUGGUAGUUUGAAUUCUUUGUGUUCGAUUUAAAGGAUGCAAUCGGUCCUCCUUUGCAGAUAAUCUUUACUGUCCAAUUUGGACGAAGCUCAGUAUGCGAAAAACAUCUUCGAAAGCUCAUUUUUAUUGCUAAACACCAAGCAGAACAGCUCCAUUCAUAUUAAUUGCAACACAGGUUAGUACAGCUUCGUUCUCGUCUAUCAAUACAGGAAAAUCUAAGAGGAAGUUACAAUCAGCGACGUACUGAAUUGUUCUCAUCAUUAUAAACACGAUGUUUCCAAUGAGUUUACAUGAAAAGGGACAGUCAUUGAAAUUUACCACCUUAGGAAGUAUUCAAAUCAGUCAUACAAAAAAAAUUUACGACUUGGUCAAUAAGUACAUUAUAGUUGCCCUGAAAAGUUGCUUUAAUGGCCGCAAACUAGAAACCAGAAUGAAAAAGAUACUCUGGAUACCUUUUUUCCACGUUCCUUCUCGGUGUCUUUUGAGUGUCUUCGACUGAACAAAUCGCCAAAUAUAUAAUAAUCGCCCGUUUUCAUAGUCGUUUUAAGAAUUUGUUGAUGAAAUCUACAUCUUCGGGGUUUGCAAAUAACAUAUACUUGGGAAUAUUUUCAAAACAUUAUUAUAAUACCUCUAUGACUGCUAACUUUCGAAUUCUCUUUAAACUCCACAUAGACUUUGGCAGUGAGUCUUGUAUGGACUUCUUUAAUUUGUGACUCAUCCAGUCAAAUACGUUUUGCAGUUACAUUUUAUUUGAACUUAAAUUUGGAACAUUGGCAAAUCUUGUUUAGACAACGUAGGGCGAGUCGGCGAGUACGUUAUUUUACAGACCUUAAAUCUUUAGCUAUGUAUAAAAGAGACACACCAUUUGCUCUAACACUGAGAGAUUGACGACUCAAAUUAAAGCCUCUUGUAUAAUUUGCUUACACCUAUCAUAGAAUUGAAGGCGAUAUUGAACUGUAAUUUGGCUUACAUUUAUAUAAUAUUUUAUCCCUCAAUUUUUCGUUCCACAUGUCGCUCUGUAUAGCAAAUCUUGUUUAGUUAGGGUGCUGCAAGAUUUUCGGUGAUAUCUUAGAUAUCUUUAAGUAGGUUUAGUUGUUUAUUUUGGAACUGGUAAUAACGUUGGCAUUUGACAUUUCAGCGUAACACUGCAGGCACGAACAUUCUUACUAGGGACACUGUUCUAUUUUUACAACCAUUUCAACACGGUCGUCCGAGCCACGCGAAGGUCUAGCUGUUCCAAGGCAAACGCGGUACCUUUCUUUCUUUAACCCUGAGUAUCAGCGUAUUGGUCCGGUCCAGGGAGUAGAACCCGUAACCUCACGCUGUGCGGACCAGCACUCUACCCGACUGAGCUAGUCCUGCCGCGGUGAAAGAUGCCUUAAUGGUUUAAGGCGUUAAACACUAUAGAGUUUCAAUAUAGUGCAUCUUAAUCGUGAAAAGGAAAGGUCUCUUUAACCUUUCAAGAGUCCCGUUCAAGCUCAGUGAUAUUAGAGUUUUACAUCAGUUUGACAGCAACAAUAUCAUCAAAGGUAGGAAUUUUAAAGCGAUUAUUAUUAUGAGAAAAAGAAAAACAGAUCUAAAUAAGCAACCUGUUGAGAAAACAAAAUAUUUGCAUUGUAAAGCCGUGCUACUGCUUCAAUACUAUUUAGAGAAUUUUAGCGAUUAAUAUUACUGCGUCCCGCAUGUCUUUGGUGCCUAGAUUUCUGAGCGACCAAUAUGUACGAAAUAUAUAUUAUGAUAUCAUGAAGAAAAGAAAGAAAAAGAGACGGUUUACCAGCGGGAGAAUAAUCAUUUUAAUCUUUACCUAGUCUAUUUAAAAACUUUCUUAAAUAAUUUGGUCUUUUGAUUUCAAUUAACCUCAGUUGAGUCUUAUCGGAAACAAACUUAAGGUCAAAACGUACAUCUUGACAUUGUUAGGAAGAAUCAAUUGCUGGAAAAGAUUUUAAAACACGCGACGACGUGUUUUGAUCGGCAUGAUAUUGGAUAAUAAAUAUUGUUUUGUUUUGAAUUGAAUCACUUAAAUAAAUUAUUUCUAUACUCACUUCAUACCAUGAUUAAAAAGUGCGCAGGUCGGUAUGCUAGAAGAGUACGCUAAUAGAACUCUAUACCUUGUGUGUUUUAUUUUCCCAAUGUAGACCUUCUUUAGGAAAGUAAAACCUACAAGCUAAAGAGGUCUAUUGGAGGUUUGGUUUGCUGAGCUUAUCGGUGAUUUCACUCGGAAGCUGGAAUAGAAACAUGUCUUAAUUUAACUCAACGUGCUAAUAACGCUUGCAGUGAUUUAAGUACCACUCUUUCCAUCCAGUGUUUAGUGGACAUCAUCACAGGAAUGACAGUUAAAAGGGCGGGGGUUACAAAUGUAAGUUGUCAGUUAAAAUUUUGGCCUUUUGUCAAUUGUCAGCUAAAUGAUUAUUAAUAAUUGACUAUGAAACUUAUUUGUUCAUUUUUGAUCCGAAAUUUAGCCAAAAAGUAGUGUUCUUACCUAGAUUUUCUACUCUGGGGUCCACAGGACCCACAUAGAAGCUGAAAGGGGGUCACGAGGGAGAAAAGCAGGUCACAGUGUAUGAGUACAUCCCUCAAGAUGGCGGAGCUUUAGAACGCAUCAUUUCACACGUCAGCAUGCGCAGAAGUCGUCAUUUUAUGGACGCCGCUGAUUGGGUGUUUGGUCGCCAUCACCAAUUAAUGUUUACGUACAUUUUUUUAUUUGGGCGUCGCCCAAAUAGUGUAAUCAAGAUCGCUCGUUUUGAUUCAAAGUUGCAAUUGGAACGCAAUAGGUGCGAACGUAAACAAGCCAAGUAAACAAGCCAAGUGACGCUAAUAUCUGCCACGCGAACGACUCGUACAAGGUAAAAAGCAUGCCGGAAAGAAAGCUCCCGCAGCGUUUUGUUUUUUUUGUUGUUGUUGUUUUUUUGCACUGUUUUCCCUCUUUGCUCCCUUCGGACCGCUGUGGCUUAUUAUAGUGCGCAGUCUCUGAAUGCCUGCAAUGCCGCGCUCUGGUAAGAAAACUGUAAAAAGGAAUAUACAACGUAAAUUGAACAUUUUAAAACGAGAACUGAUGCAAUAGUACCUUAAUUUUUAUCGGUUUUGCAACUGAAAGCAUUACAAGUGGCUUUCCAUUUCUCAAGUCUUCUGUUACUCUCGUCCACACAAACGUUUUUGCUGGCCAGAGUCCAACAUUUCCAACCAUUAAGCCAAUCAAAAUUUAGACCUUCAGAAUAUUGGGACGCAGAUCAUGUGGAAGACGAAGAAAGACCGAAUCUGAAUCAUCUCGGUAAAAAUUUACAAUUGCUUUUAUAACGCCUUCAUCAGCAGCCAACAUGUAUGCUGGUGCGUUCUCAGAGGAGCGUAAAUUUGAGAUCAUAGGCCAUUUCCAAUGGAUGAUCCAUGACACAUGAUAGGCUUUACGGUAGAUCAUUAAGGAAAUUUGCCACUUAAUCGUCCUGCUGCUAAGAGUAUCCAUAUAAGCGUAUAUUUGAUCACAUUAUCUGACGAAAAGAGUGGAACAAUACUACCAAAAGGCCUUAAAAAUCGGGUUUGUAGACAAUCAGGUCCUUUGUCAGUUGACAGUAAAACCUAAGGUAAAUGUCAGUUGUCGAUUAAAUCUAAGGCGAUUUGUCAGUUGUCAGUUAAAAUUUUGGCCAUUUGCCAGUUGUCAGUUAACCCCAUCCACACCCUCAGUAAAGUCAUUGAGACUCAAUUUGCAACGCAGAGUGUUGAAUAACGACGAAAAUGCUUUAUUUGUUGUUCAUUCAUUAAACAAGCUGCAAUAUCGUAUGCCAAUUAUUGAGCAACAAAUAUUGAAAGAUGUUGGACUAGGUAUCGUAAACAAAUGCCAAAUUAAAAUAUGACAUUGUAUUCGCCUAUUGACCCGCCUUGCGAGUAGAGUUUCUUUCUGUCUUCUUGUGUGAGAGGGUAAAAAAGAGGCUCUGCCUGAAUCGCGUUAAAGCUUUGAGGUCGCUGCAGCCUAAACUUCUGGACAUGUCAAUCCUGUUCUCUCUCGUCAAACUGGCUUUGCGAGCAACCGUUGUUCAUAACCAAGCCCGCUGUAGCAAGCGCACAGCUGUUAGGCCUGGGCUGGAAACUAUAUCCUAGUAACAUGCCGCGCAUGCGCAACAAAGAUCUUAGUCGAUUCAUGCAGAGUCCUUCUCGAGAAAGCCAAAAGAAAGGUUCUGCUGGUAGGGUGCUAUUGACCGUUCUCUGAGCUUUCAAAGUCCAUCCGAGGCCACUUCUCCUUGCAAUCAAUUUCAGGUUGAGGGGAAUGACGUCACUUAUAAAGCCAGGUUGCUAAGCAUGACUCACAAGAAUCCUGGCCUGCAUAAGGGAGGAGUCUGGAUAGGACCCUUUUUUUUGUUGUUGUUUUUUUUUCUUCUUCUUUUCUUCGCCUUUUUUCCUUUUUUUCAAAAUCGUUCAAUUAUUCAUUAGGAUCGGAGUCGUAAUUUUAAUAAAUGGUUGAGAGGUUUUUGUAGCCUGUACACAGACGUUGUUUUAUUUUUAUUUUUAUUUUUCUUUUGCGAAGAGCGCGAGAAAGAAAAAUAAAGAACCAUUUUAAAUUUCUUCUUUCCCACCUCUACCCCCUUGCGCUGGUGUUCAAUAAAUCCCCUGCGGUUUAUAUUUUAUCACCCGUGCUUGACGGACUUUGAGGAGAAAAUAGAAAGUCUGUUAACAGGCUAGAGGUUUUGAAUGUUUUUCAUGAAUGAAUAUUAGGGGGAUGUUUUACACUUUCACUGAAUGUUGAUUACAAUCCGUAGGUGUAGCAUCUCAGUAACUCACAAUGGAUGUGUCAGACAUACUCGUGCAAGAGCUCGUGGUAGAUGGCGUUGGUCAACCAAAUUACAGCUUACAAGUGCAGCUUUUUGAAGCUACAAGAAAAGGUGAUCUUGCGAAAGUCAGAAGCCUAUGUGGUCAGCUAAAAUGUGCACUGGACUGUGUUGACAGUUCUGGAAAAACCCCUUUACAGCUUGCUGCUGACCUGGAAAACGAGACUGUUCGAAAAGAAAUAAUCGAAGAAUUACUGAGUAGCGGAGCUGACUUGGAGCUCGCUUUACUACACGCAGUUCGCGAUAAUGAUGCAGAAAUGGUGGAAGUUCUUCUUCAAUUUCGUAAGCCAGCACUCCACUCAACACCAAAACGAUACGUAAACCCACUAAUUUUGGCGGCCUGUUUGCAGAAUUUUCGAAUCAUUACGCUGCUGCUGGAGAAUGGUUUCACUAUUGGUGAUACAAAAAGUGUCCAAUUGUUCUCCGGUUGUAAUGAAGGGUACAACGAAAAGCUUGAGCCAGCUGUGAACCGUUUGAAUGAAUACCGCGCCCUUGCCAGCCCAGUGUUUAUCUCGGCGUCCUUUCUCCACGACGUGCAGAGUGGUCACGAUCCAGUCUAUCGCGCAUGCGUCCUGAACAGAGAGCUGCGUGAAACAGCUGAGCAAGAAUACGAAUUUAAAAAUGAGUAUUUUGAGCUCAGUGAUGGCUGUAAAGAGUUUUCCGUGGCUCUUCUGAAAGAGUGCCAUUCCAUGGAGGAAAUAAGAUGCGUGAUGGAGAUGCACGACAUAUCGGAUAAGGUGCUGCAUGUAAAUGGAAGCUUAAACAUUCUGAAGUUUGCUAUCGCCACUGGAAAUGACAAAGUACUGUGGGUUUUAUAACAUUUUUUUAUUCUUACUACUUUACAAACAAAAGUCAGUUUGGGUUACGAUAUAUUUUUACCCGGCCUAUCGUUAUAACUGAUCCGUCCAAGGGAAGGGCAAAAAUGAAACAGUCGGUUUGAAACCUUACCGGUAUUUGCGUUUGCCAUCAACGUAACUAAGGGCAGUGUUUGUUGCUACUUGGUCAAUCCCGCUACCAUAAAUUCCGCAACAUUUUAAUUUGCCUUUUAAAGACUGUUUGCAUUUUCAAAAAGUUUUAUUAAAGUUUCCAUGGAAUUCACCCUUUAAGUAGUACUUCUUUCACUUCUACACAUUAUUUUCCACGGUAAUAACUUUAAAUAUUUUUAAUUUGUUUACUUCCUAGUUUGUCAGCCAUCCCUUCAGCCAGCUGAUAUUAAACACGGAGGUCUACAGAAAUGCUUCCUUCAUGGAGAAAAGCGCCUGGAAGCAAGCAGUGCUUAUACUACUGGCGGUUCUGUCAUACCCAUUACUAUUCGUGGUCUGGUUUCUUUUUGAGAUCUGUUUUCCAAGUCAUCAUGUGGCCAGAAUGUUUCAUUCUCCAUGUGUGAAAUUUCUCAUUUAUUGCGGCUCCUAUCAAACUUUUCUUUUCCUGUUAGCCUUUGCAUCUUUCCAUUUUCAGAGUGGGUUUCUAGACUACAACAUAACAGGUAAAUGAAGUGGAGGAAAACCAAGAGAUUCGAUCACAAAAAUAUAUAUGUAUAUAUGAUACAUGACUGUCACAUUAAAAACCCAUAACCCAUUGUAGUGAAACUGUUGGUAUUUCUCCCGCUAACGUCACCUAUUGAUAUGAAGCAACGAGAAGUGCAUUGGUUCUAGAAACAAAAGAUUCUUUUGUUUCACUUGUUCCAAAUUUGAAUAACAAAACAAUGUUUGUAAACAGCGAUGUCUCCCGUUUGCGCUUCGUUUCAGCUCAGUAUCGAAAACAUUUAUUUCACACAUACUGAGAGAUGACUACUCACUGUAAAACCACGUCGCAGUGGCGGAUCCAGACCUUCAGAUGCGGGGUGGAGGGAGGGGGGGGGGCGGGCAUACAGACCCUGAAAUAAGGGGGGCGGGGAGGUGUCAAAAAAAAAACCUUUUUUGGCCCUUCGAGCCCCAGUUUGGUCUAAAGAUAAGGGGGAGCCUGGCCCCUUCCCUGGAUCCGCCACCGCGUCGUAAAAUUUGGUACGCAAAUUAGUUCUAGCCAAUGAGAGGAGCAUACGUUUUUCUCCUGUGAGAAGCUCCUCCAAUCGACAGAAACCACACCGGUGCCAUACUAGGGCUGAUUCGAAAUGAUUCCCAGCAUUUGCUGGAUUGGGCUUUAGAUGGGGCUGUUUUGGCUUAAAAUAUUUUUUAUUAUUAUUUUUCAGUGUAUACUCCAACCCGUAUUAUAAUUUUAAGCAUUAGUUUUUGAAAGUUUCCGUAGUCUUUCUUGUCACUUCACGAUGUUUAGAGGCAAAUAUUUUAUCCCUCGCUAAGUUUUUUAAAUCACUUUUAAAGAUUGGAUUGUCCUCGUUUAUGUCAUUGGCCACCUAAUAGACAUCAUCAAAGACGUUUAUCAACAAGGCAGAACUCAUUUCUUUUCUUCCCACUGGAACUAUCUGGCUGUAGCUUCAGUGACGACAUUUGUUCUCCACUACGCCAUUUGGUGGACAAGCCGAUCAAUUCUUACAGGUGAUCCACAAUCAAUGAAAUGGGAAAGCCAUGCUCAUGAUCGCGGGUACGCAACCAUGCUCGUCUCGUAUUGCGUUUUCUCUGUUGCAAUCCUAUUGGCUUUUGCACAAAACCUGUCAUUUAUUCAAGCUAACUCCAACACUGGUCCACUACUACAAGCUUUCAUACGGAUGCUUAUAGACGCGGCCAAGUUCUUCCUGUAUUUUAUUUUCGUCUUUGUAGCAUUUGCUGUUAGCUUCGCGAAGCUGUAUUUGCAGUAUGACAAAGCAAGACAGCAUUUUCAUUUGAACAAAUCAGGAACAAAUCAAAGCGAUCCUCUUCAUCUAGAAAGGUGCGUAAAACUGACAGUGGUCAUAUAGGCUUCCGUUUUAUUCAUAUAAUUCUCUACGCAGUCAUCGAUGUAAAUUUAACUGAUGAACCGCGGCAGGAAGGAGGGGGGGAAGCAUCCGUCUCCUACUGUUAGGAAGCGACCCCCUUGUAAGAGAGGGACCAGGAAUCUACAUCUCAUUUAGGAAAAGACUUUUAUUCAUCAAACUUCAACUGCUGGUGCUUAGUUAACUUCUCGCGCGAUACUCUCAGGCAUUGACAAAGUUAAGUUGAAGGUUGCAUUAAUGUCUACGCGCAUUCCAGUGGUCAAAGCAUGCAGGCGGAUUCUAAAAGACCACAGCUGCUCUCUCUAACUCUGAGGCCAACCGACCGCCUUACAAAAAAUUCGACCAAUCAAAAAACGUUAGAACUGGUAAGAAUGAAUGAAUAAUGUGGACCUUUGAUAAAGCGAUUUGGUUAUAGAUUCUACCUAUUACGUGCAAUUGUUAGGUGCUAUUGUUAUGAUGAUGAUUUUAAACUCCAUUUUCUUUUUGUAGAUUUGGAAACAGCAUUGGUACUAUCUUUUGGACGCUGUUUGGUCUCAUUGACGAAAACAGUUUCAAAAUAGACGUGGAUGGUUAUGGCGCUGUAUGGAGAACAGGCAUGACGUUGUUCGGUGCAUUCAAUAUCAUUGUGGUUCUGGUGGCCCUCAACAUGCUGAUCGCGAUACUAAAUGAGUCAUACACCAGAAUAACGGUAAGCCAGACCUAUACCCUGUGUAAACAAAGUUUUACUUUUUACUUUUAACUGGUAAUUAAGUACGGGCAGGAAGCUUAGGUUGGCCCCUCGUAGGUCCUCUCUAAAGGGGAUGCUGUAACACCUUUUUUUAUAAUCGAGGAGGGUUUUUUUUUUUCAAACUCCAGGGAACAUUUCAGUUUUUCUUCAAAGCCAAUGUUUGGGUUCUUCCAGAGAAAUAUCUAUCCCUUCAUUGACUUUAAGAUUCCAAAACCACUCGUGGUUACAGAAAUCUUUCAAGGAAUACCACAAAAUAAUACCAAGCUUAGAUCUAAUACUUACGAUACAAUUGAACUUUCGACCAUGAAACUAUUCCGAUAUGUUAAGCCACAAGGAGUUAUAAGGGCUCAUCAAAAGAUAUUAAGACUACCUUCAAGGUUGACCCCGACCUUGAAAUUUUUCAUGCAGGAAAACUUGGAUACCGAGUGGAAGUUCACGAGGACAAAAAUAUGGCUCAGUUGGAUUUACAAGAAAGGUGUUCUUCCACCGCCAUUUAAUAUCCUAUACGUGCUGCUUCCAGUCCACUGGUUAAUAAAGCAUCUUUUAGCAGCAUGUUUGCCUGUACACUUUGUAAGUAACAGUUUAUGUAUGUAUCGAGAUAUUUAAAUGGGAUACAUUGUUUAGGGCUCUUUCUAGGAAAUCAUUUCCAAAGCCAGUAAAAAAUAAAUGGUAAAUACAGCAGGUAGUAAAUUGUUGAGGUGAUAUAUAUCAUAUAAGUGAAAUAAAUAAAUUUAAAAUUCCCUAAAAGAAUAAAGAUAGCAGAAAAUAAGUGUGCCUCAAGUACAUAUUAUCAAAAAAGGUCAUCAGUAUAUACACAGUCAGUGAUCUGGUUUCAAAAACUCUGGUUGAAAGUUUUAAACAAGGCAAAGAACGAUACAGGAAAACAAUGCAGCUCACCUCCAUCGCAUUCGCCACUGUCAGCACUUGCGAGGAGCGACGCACACACAAAGAAAAACAUUUUUUACCGAAUUGUCGAGUUGACAAAGGCAAAUAAAGGUCUACCCUUUUUCAAUUGAGGUAAACGAAAGGAGUAAAGCUAUAAUUCGACAUGUUUGAAAAUUCUGUAAAGAUAAAAUUGUGCGCAAGCAUGCAUGCGCAUGUACUGUUUACGGCUACUUGUACGUUUUUUACGCAUGAAUUGACCCGUCAAUCAAAAAAAUCGUUUUUGAUGGUUUUCGUUGUGAUUCCGUUGAGAUCACCUCUUGUGUAUGUACUAAAAUAACUACAUUUUUAGUGUCGGUGAAUAUGGGCCAAGGAAAUAUUUACCUUGCUGCUUUGCGGCCACUAGUGCCAAUACUCACGUUGAUUUCAAAGAAUAAUUGUUAAAUAUAGAGAGACUGAUUAUCUCUUUUUCUCUUCCUCUAGUCCUCUUUAACACGGACGAAAGGAAAACCCUACGGAACAAUCCGGAAAAACAAAAGGAUCGAUGUGAAGAAGGUAUGUUGGCUUUGAAACAAAAAUUGUCAUUUGUACCCGCGGAGCACUUAGAAGUUCAUAUGAACUCGUUGAAACGUAUCUGUGCGUUCCAGAUCGAAUUGGAAUUUGAAAGUGUUGGUUUUAAGGAGAGGGGGAAACCGGAGUACCCGGGGAAAAACCUCUUGAAGCAAGGGAGAGAACCAACAACAAACUCAGCCCCCAUAUGGCGUCGACGCCAGGAUUCGAACUUGGGCCACAUUGGUGAGAGGCGGGUGCUCUCAUCACUUCGCCACCCUUUCUCUUAAAAAACCAAGUUUAAUGAGGAUGAUGUUCAUUGGGCCCGUGACACAGGAGACUCGGGAAAAAAAAUCCGAGUUCUCUCAACAGGAGUCAAAUCAAUUAUUUUCUGGCUGCUACAAUCCUGGGCAAAAUUCCUUGGGACAGUAAUGCAGUAUUCAUAAUUUUCUGUACUUUCUGCUUGCCCUCAUAAAUAAAGACAGUGCCUCCUUUUCACAAUUUUCUUGCAACUUUUGUUUCAUCCACCCUGCACAAAGUUGAUCCUCGAAAAAUUUCUGCAUACACACGUACGCCCAUACAUGUUUUUUUGGGUGGGAGAAGGGAUCGUGUAAAUUGAAAAAAGCCCCAGGAAUGCACAAGUGUUCCAAAACUUCUGUCCAUGAUUUUACCGCUUCAGAUGUUCCGAAGCUGAGCCACAGCAGAUUCAGCCAGGGCACAGUUAAAGCCAUUGACAGACACCCUGCAUAUACUGGAAGGACUAGAAUCAAAAUGUUUCGAUUCAGAGUGAAAUAAAUAUAACAAAAUGGCAAUCUUAAUAUGUGGGUGAAACGUAUGACUCAGAAAAUUAGAGUGCUCCAAAAAGCUCCGAUAAAUCACCUGUUGCUCAGUGGUAGAGCUCCUGGACUAAUAAGCAGAAUUUCAAAGGUUCGACUUCUCUUGGCUAAACUUUUUUCGAGUCGUAUUCUAUUGAGUAAUAUAUUAACCAAGCUUACAAUACACUAUAACAUGUAUACUACGCAAACAAGUUAUGUGUUUACUGCACCGAUGUUACUUUAAAAAUUAUCGACAGCACCAAAAAAUCGUCAGACACCAAAAAUAAUGAAAACAGGGGCAUCCUCAAACACAAUAGAAAAGUCAAAUUCGUUUGUUGGUCAUAUGAAAUGGUAGACGACGAACUUAAUAUUAUGCUAUGUUUUUUUUUUAUUAUUUAUUUAUUUAUUUAUUUAUUUAUUUAUUUAUUAUUUUUUGUGUUUGCAUUUUUAAAGAGAAGAGAGAUGAUUCGCCACCUUGUCCUAAGGUACCUUGCAAGAAGAUCGAGCGAUGCAGAGACCAGGAACCAAUCUAACACCUCUGAGGAAAAACAAAAGACGGGGGAGGCAACUAACAAUCAAAAAUUGGAUAGCAGUCAAUCAGACAUAACUGAGGCCAACUGGGAAUCGAAUCUGUAA